CAGGUCAAAGGCUCGGGGUGUGGCCCCCUAAGAAAACCACCUGCUUCGGUUUGGGCACCCGGGCAGUAUCACAGCCCUCACACAAAUCAAUUGAGAUUUGUGUGGCGCAUAUGUAUUUGGUGCCUCCCUGUACCUAUACUUAUGUGUUAAAAUAAAAAAAAAAUUCUUUAAAUUUAGGUUGUUGUACUUUCCAUUUACCAAACAGUAAUGUUUAAUUUAUUUAAAAUGCCAAGCUUAGCGCGUUUUUGUUACAAGCUAAAAAUAUUCUGUCUCUUUGAAUGUAUGUUUUUAGUGCAAAACCAACAAACGGAAGUCUGUCGGACCUAGACAAUGAUGGCAUUUGGUCAGACUGUUCCGAUACUGAUGAAAAAAGCAAAGAGGUAAUUAUCAGCACAACAAAAUUUGAAAAAUAUUGCGUUAAGAGACCGGAAUUUCCUCAGUUCGAAUCUCAGUUGAAAAGUAUCAUCCGGAAGUUAGGCGGUGUUGUAUUCCCCAAGUUAAAUUGGAGCGCCCCAUCUGAUGCAUCUUGGAUGUCUUUCGAUGGGUCACUAAAGUGCAAAACGUUCUCCGACAUUUACCUACUCCUUAAAUCUUCAGAUUUCGCAGCACAUGACUUGACUGCUCCUUUCGCUCUGUGUACAGAUACUCCAGCAGAAAAAAAUUGCUGUCUUUUCAAUUCCAAACCGAUUCUUGUUCUACGAAGGUGGUAUGACUUUCGCCCUGAGGAAGAAUUCCGAUGUUUUAUCAAAUCAAAAGUCCUUAUUGCAAUUUCCCAACGAAAAUGUGAUGUCUACUUCAAAACAAUUGAAGAACAGAUAGAAAACAUCAAACACGACCUUGUGGAAUUCUUUAAUCGAAAAAUAAGAAAUCGUUUUAAAUCGGAAAAUUAUACAAUUGACUUAUACAGAGAAUCAUCGGACGAUGGUAAAAUGCGCAUUCAAAUAAUUGAUUUCAAUGUAUUUGGUCCACCAACUGAAGCACUUUUAUUUCAGUGGUCAGAAUUGGAAAAUGAUGUACAUGAAAAUCACCCAAAAAAGGUCGAUAGUAGUAAACCUGGAAACAUCAGGCAAAUUUUCGACUUAUCACAGCUUUUACAGAUGAAUAACGCUAGAGGGGUGCUAUCAACAAACCACCAUAUUGAUGUGGAGUGCUACAUUUAAUGAAAAAUCACUUCAUUAUCAUCCGUAUUUUGUUGAUAGGAUACCAUUCCGUUAUUUCGCUACCAAAGUGACCAAAAUAUCCGUCCAAAUUCAGUGAAUCAAUACAGUGUGCCAAUCGAUUUGAUCGAUAUUGCUUCAGGAUCUGAUCCCGUUAAGGUGAUGGAUUUCAUUCAAGCUAGAGUAGAAAGUCAGAAACAGUCGUGAAAUUGUGCUUUCUACGUAUCUGUUAUUUUUCAAUAUUUCGAAUAAAAAAAUACACUUUUUAAGAUCAAUCUGGUAAUUAUUUCUUUUUCUUCAAAGUUUUUGAAGCCUUAGUAGGCUUUUUCCUAGCUGGCGACUGUUGCUUUGAACUAUAUUUCUGUGCAAUCUUAUCCAGAAAGUUUUCUGAUGAUUUUAAUGCAUUUUCAUGUCGUGCUUGAAUUGCCUUAGCUAAUGUAUCCAAAUCUCCUUCGUUAACAUCAACUAUCUGCUUUUUGUUUUUCUUGUUCUGUUCCUUUGCAAACAACUUUUCUUCCUCUAGCGCUCGCUUAGCUCUUCUCCUUGCUUUCUCAGGUCUUUCAUGUGUGUACUUUGUAUAUGCAUCAAUUUUACCACUGGAUAUUAAUUUGUCAAUAAGACCGCGAACUCGACUUUCAUCUCGAUAUGACGUGAGCAUUAAAGACUCCAUUAUAAUAUCCAUAUCACCUUUAGAACGAUUGUAGAUCUUGAUCAAAUCUUCCGUUUCCUGUUCACUUCCUUUAUACUUUUUACAGUAGUCAUCUAUUAGUUCAGUUGUGAUUUUAGGGAACAAAAGUUGCCAGUAUUUAACCCAAUCAUCAUACGAUUUGCCUGUAAUCUCAUCGUCUUCAUCGAUAACACCUAAAAGUUAAGAUUAUCCCAUUUUUGUUAAUCGAGAACCAACCUGUCUCAUUAUAGACUUUACGUUUCUCAUCAUCUUCAAUGUACGAAUAGACUCUAGACAGUACUUGAAAACGUUUUGUCGCCUCUGACUUUGAGUCACUGUCAUGGCGAUCAGGAUGAUGAAGUAAAGACAAUUUAUAGAAAGCUUUACGAA